AUAUGAGUAGUCAUAAUUUGUUAUUACUGUGGCGGUUCGCAAUUUUGAAGUCGGCAAGUGUAAUUCCAACAAAAUGUACAGAAAAGUAGAUCCACGUCGGACAACAUUAGUACAGAAAAAAAUUUGUAAGAAAGAACUUAAUACCAAUCCGAUUAAAUCCGCAAUUGCAAAAUAUGAUAAGUCUGGAAACAUUUCUUGUGUACUAUGUGGAACAGUUUUAAAAUCAUCUAAUGUGUGGAAAGUUCAUGUUAAUUCAAAGCAACAUAAACAAAAUGUUGUAAUCGCUACGAACAUGAAAAAUGAAUUACGUUUAAAGCCAAAAAUAUCGGAACCUGCCAAAAUAGAAACAAAAUGUAAGGAUAUAAAAGAGAUUUCUUUAAAAAAUGAAAGAAGUGCAGCAAUUACUACAAGUGAACGGACCGAAACAGAUAGCAAAUCCCAAUUACCUGAAAAAUUCUUUGACGACCCUUCUAAAGAUGCAAUGUCUAGAAAUGUUGACUACAAAAAUCUUCAAGAUGAUGAAUGGGCAAAAUUUCAACGUGAAAUUAGAGAAGUUACCACAAUUUCUAAUGCAAUAGUGAUUGAAGAGAGGAAUGAAGCAUCUAUAGCUAGACAAAUUGAUGAAAUUAAUGAUCAAAUGUUAAGAUGGUCCAAAUUUAUACAAAUUGAACGGAAAAAAGAAAGUUUUCGUAAACCAGAAGAAAAACAAAAAAAUAAGGAAUAUACGGAAACACAAAAUUUUAAUGAAGACAGUAACGAAAGUAUCGACUUUGAUGAGUUUUCGGAUUGGAGAUUAAAAACUUACACAGCAAAAAAACCUGUUUGAAAAACGUUUCUGUAGCACAGC